AUGGCCGACGGGUUGGCUGACUCCUCUGAGGAAGACGAGAUUGAGAAUGAUAGUGGAGAGGAAGCAGAAGUUGUUCCGGAAACCCAACCGGUUCAGGGCGAAAGGGUCAUCCCAACUGGUGUUGAACCGAUAAAUGUUGCAAGGGUUGGAGGUCAUUCCAGCGGCACCCCCGACCAUUACCUGCACCUCAGUCUUGGUCCAAUGAACUCGACAAAUGCAGAGGACAUACCCAGUAACUAUGGUUUGACCGGUAAAAUGGAGCUAGAGGUUGGCUUGAAAUUCCUGAGUGAGGAUGCAGCAAUGCUUGCUAUUAAGAACUACAACAUCCGUCGAAGAGCAGAAUUCAAAGUAGUGGAGUCAGAUCAUACUAGGUAUGUUUGUCGAUGCAAACUUUUUGGUGACCAAUGUUGCUGGAUGGUGAGGGUUGCGAAGACGAGGGCGUCCAGAUUUUGGGAAGUUCGAAAAUACCAAGGGCCUCACAGUUGUUUGGCGUCCGCGACUUCGCAAGAUCAUGCUCAACUGGAUUCAAAUGUCAUAUGCCAGCACAUAUUCCCCAUGGUUCAAGCAGACACAACCAUUUGCAUAAAGGUGUUGCAGGGAUCCGUGGAGUCGGCAUACGGAUACAAGGUGUCUUACAAAAAGGUUUGGCUAGCAAAGCAAAAGGCAAUAGCGAGAAUCUAUGGAGACUGGGAUGAUUCUUACAACCAGCUACAGAGAUACUUCAACGCGUUGCGAACUUUUGUUCCAGGUACAAUUGUCGACCUACAAACCCGACCAUACUAUGUGGGCAACACGCUCGACCGCGAAAGUGUCAUGUUUCAUCAAGUAUUCUGGUCAUUCCCAUCGUGUGUCGAGGCAUUCAAGCACUGCAAGCCCCUAGUUUCGGUUGAUGGAACACACUUGUAUGGUAAGUAUACGGGUACCUUGUUAAUGGGAAUAGCACAGGACGGAAACAACAACAUUCUUCCCAUAGCUUUCGCGCUAGUGCAACGGGAGAACACAGAUGCGUGGAACUUCUCCAAGGAGUUCCUCACACUAUUGCCAAAUAUCCCUCUGGUGGAACUUACUCCAUGA